GAGCAAUCUCUUUUUUCCCGUGGUUUUCGGCGACCGUGUGUUGUGCGUCAAGAAACUCGCGCCUGCCGUGAUCGUAGUUAGCCGAGGGCCACGUGUUGAUUACCGGCGGAAACAAUGUCUUUUCUCGGCGCCGACUACACGAAACCGCCGCUGGGUAUGCCGCACGCCGAAGCAAUGCGUCACCAAGUGGCACAGAUGUUGAAAGGCAUUGACAGGUAUAACCCCGAGAACCUGGUCAGGCUUGAGCAGUACGUGCGAGUCCAGGCUAGCGAAAACGUCUACGAUCUCGAGGCCAACUUGGCAGUGCUGAAGCUGUACCAGUUCAACCCCGUAAACUUCAACAACGAUGUGGCCGUCGCGAUCCUACUUAAGGCUCUUACCAACUUGCCUCACACAGACUUCGUGCUCUGCAAGUGUCUGAUCGACCAAGAAAAGCUUGCAAACGAGGACAUUCAGCUGGCGCUGCACCUGCACUACCUACUGGAAAUGUGUGACUUCCAAAGAUUUUGGGGAGCAGUAAAGGGCAAGCCACUGCUGCAGACCAUCAAUGGAUUCAACGACUCUGUCAGGAAGUUCGUCUGCUAUGUGGUGAACAUGACCUACCAGCACAUCGACAAGUCCCUGCUGUCGGACUUCCUCGACGUUACCGGUCCAGAGCUGCAGAUGUGGAUCCAGCGCAAUGGCUGGCAGGACCUGGCUAAUGGCUCAGUUUUCGUGGCCAACCAGGAGGAAAUUGUCAAGACCAAGAACAUCACUGAGAAGAUCGACUUUGAGAGUGUCGAAGCCAUCAUGGCUAGUUGUCGCUAGGGUGACCACGAAAGCCUCCAUUAGGUGGGUGGUUGCAUUGGCAACUGCUGUGCGGUGCAGCACAAGAUGACUGCAAGCCGGGCAAUCGGUCCCAUCCACAUUGAAGUAACGUGGAUACACUUGGGAACUGUUUUCUGUGCUUCUGUAAAUUGACGAUUUCUGAGGUGCA